GGUAGGUAGGUACGUUUGCGUGGCGUUGCUUGCGUCGCUUCGUAGCGAGCGAGCACGCUUCUGGAGCCGGGCUCUCCCAAAAGCCUCGCAAGCUCUGGCAGUCGUGAGUGACCAACUCAUCGAAUAGGGUGAUUCGCGCUUUCACUAAUCUCGAGCGGCAUUUUUGUCAUUCUCGCAUGUACCGCGUUUCACCUUAAAGAAGAAGAAGAAGAAAUAACCCUUUGUGAUUAUUACAUUUAGUUUUAAAAUUUUGACUUCAAAAAUUUGGUUAUAUUUCAGAUUUGAAAAAAUUGCCAAAUGAAGCCGGGUUUAGAGGGAAUGCAUUUUGACAAGUAGUUAGAAAUUACGGAAACUUAGGGUUCGAUUGAAAAUUUGAAUGUAAUUUGGAGAACGUUGGAAUGUCAGAAAUGAAGGUCACUGCAGCGACAGUUGAAUUAGUUGAUGUUCGACUUGGAGGUCGAUGGAAUUCAAUGGGAAUGUAGCGAAUUCUGAUGUGUGCGGUAUUGUUGUUGAAAUAACAUCAUUAGAGAUAGAGAGGAUUCUGAUCAAUUUGAAGCAGAAGAAUGAGAAUUUCUAAAGAGGAAAAGUGUUGUAUAUAUUGAUAAUGGUGAAAGGCAAAGUGCCAAGACGUUGUUGGCUAGUGCUGCUGCCGCGUGUGCGGUCAUUUCGGCUGCGUAACAUCAAUGUUGUAGGGUCAGGAAUAUUGUGAAUUUCUCUUGUGGAGAAUUUAAGAGGGAUGCCGAACUAUGAUCUUGGGGGCGAUGACACGAGACCUCACUAGAUCAGGGGGUCAUAGAUCAACGUUGUCGGCGUGGUCGUCGUCGCCGUCGACGUCGCCGCAGCUCUUGACGUCGUCGCCGGCGUCGUCGACGCCUCGUGUAAGCGGCACAAAAAGUUAUAGUUAAUAUUAACUGUUUUAGUUAAAUAAAAAAUAUUUCGGACGAACUCAAGUUUAAUUUUUUUUGAUGAUGAUUGAUAAGCCUCAUUUGUCCCAAUAGAUUGGGUCAAGAAGAAAAAAAAAAGAAAAAAAAAAGAAAGUUUGAAGAAAGAUGGCCUCGGUUGCGGCAUGGUUGCCGUUUGCCCGAGCGGCUGCCAUUGGAUGGGUGCCGAUCGCCACCCAUCCCUUACCACCACCACCGAUAUCGAAAGAUCGUCGCAAGGCCGAUGAUGAAAAAUUGUUGAUUAACGUAAGUGGUCGUCGUUUUGAGACCUGGCGAAAUACAUUAGAAAAAUAUCCAGACACAUUACUUGGAUCGAAUGAAAGGGAAUUUUUCUAUGAUGAAGAAAGUAAGGAGUAUUUCUUUGAUCGUGAUCCAGAUAUAUUUCGGCAUAUACUCAAUUAUUAUCGUACUGGUAAACUUCAUUAUCCAAAGCAUGAAUGUUUGACAAGUUAUGAUGAGGAACUUGCAUUCUUUGGAAUUCUUCCUGAUGUUAUUGGUGAUUGUUGUUAUGAGGACUAUAGAGAUCGAAAACGUGAGAAUGCCGAACGACUUAUGGAUGAUAAAUUAAGCGAGAAUGGUGAUCAGAAUUUACAACAGCUAACGGAUAAUCGAGAAAAAAUGUGGAGAGCAUUUCAAAAUCCUCAUAUAUCGACGGCGGCAUUGGUAUUUUAUUAUGUGACAGGAUUUUUCAUUGCUGUCAGUGUAUUGGCAAAUGUUGUUGAGACGGUACCCUGUGGUAAUCGACCUGGUCGUGCAGGUACCCUAUCAUGUGGGGAGAGAUAUAAGAUUGUAUUUUUCUGCUUGGACACUGCCUGUGUUAUGAUAUUUACAGCAGAAUAUUUAUUGAGGUUGUUUGCAGCACCUAGUAGAUGUAAAUUUGCAAGAUCAGUCAUGUCGAUUAUUGAUGUGGUAGCCAUAUUGCCAUAUUAUAUUGGAUUGGGAAUAACGGACAAUGAUGAUGUUUCGGGGGCAUUUGUCACAUUACGUGUAUUUCGUGUUUUUCGAAUUUUCAAAUUCUCGCGUCAUUCACAGGGUCUUAGGAUUCUGGGUUACACUUUAAAAUCUUGCGCCUCUGAACUUGGAUUUCUCGUUUUUUCCCUUGCAAUGGCUAUCAUUAUAUUUGCUACGGUAAUGUUCUAUGCGGAAAAGAACGUUGAAGGAACAAAUUUCACAUCGAUACCGGCUGCGUUUUGGUACACGAUUGUCACCAUGACCACGUUGGGAUACGGUGACAUGGUGCCAGAAACUAUUGCCGGAAAAGUCGUUGGAGGUGUUUGCUCGCUCAGCGGUGUGCUUGUGAUCGCUUUACCCGUACCUGUUAUCGUCAGUAAUUUCAGUCGAAUUUAUCAUCAAAAUCAACGUGCCGAUAAGAGGAAAGCUCAAAGGAAAGCAAGACUUGCGAGAAUUAGGAUUGCAAAGGCGUCGAGUGGUGCGGCAUUCGUCAGUAAAAAGAAGGCAGCUGAGGCACGAUUGGCUGCUCAGGAAAGCGGCAUGUCUCUCGACGAUCAUUACAAGGAGGAGGAUAUUUUCGAAUUACAGCAUCAUCAUCUUCUUCGUUGUUUAGAAAAAACUACGGAUCGAGAAUUCGUUGAGAUGGACGUGCCGUACAAUGGAGCCCCGAAGAGGCCCGGUUCCCCAUCGCCUUUGACGUCUCCAGCACACAGUACAGCAUCCCGAAGCAGAAUGUUGCUUUCAUGUUGCCGUCGUUGUUAUCCACAGAGAUAUCAGCAGGCGUACAGUCAGUACAUCCCGGCGACAAGGGCCCAAGUCACUGAGGGUCAGGGGGGUCAGACAGGGGUGGACGGCACUUAUCUCGUCGAGGCCUCAUUUUGAGAUACAAUAUCGAACAAAAUUCGAACUGAGUCACAAAAAAAAGUAAAUCUUAAAUAAAAAAUAAAAAAAAAUUCUAGAAAUUCUCAAAAAAACGAGAAUUUACCAAUAAAAAAAAAAAAAACACUCUUAGAAAAAAUAAUAAUAAUAAACACACACAGAGAGAGCCUCGUAGAAACGGAUUAAUAAAAAAAUGAAAUAGAAAAAGACCGAUGCGAGGCCAAACAGGAAAAAAAAAAGUCGGGAGUCAAAAAAUACACACACGUCUCGAAAUGCACUAUAGCUUCUAAGAGAAAGAUUAAAAAAAAAAAUAACAAAUACUACCUGAAGUCACACACUAUCAAUGAAAUUCUUCUAUUUGCCUAUUUCCGUGCCCAUCGCUGAUGAUCGACAUCUUUACAAUGGGAAUAUAUGACACAUCUGUGACCAUCGUUAUUGUCAUUGUCAACAACUGCCACCUUCCAUUUAAUGGCUUCGUUGGACUCUGGAUCCGGUUCAAUUUUAAAUGACCCACAUCAAAAUCCACACUCAAUGGCUUCUAUUUUUUCAAAAAAAAAAAAACAAAAAACAAAAAAAAAUAUCGCUGAAAAAUAAUGCGUAAAAAAUAUAUUUGAAAAAUGCCCGCAAACGAAAAUAUUGAUAAAAUACGACACUAAAUGUGGCGUUAUUUAUUUUGUGUGGAAAAUAUCUGUAAAUAAAUGAAUGAAAAAAAAAAAAACAUAAA